AUGGUAUUGGAGCGUCUGGAAAUGGACCAAGAGCUCAAGAACCUUGUGGCCAUAUGGAUCUGGGCAUUUGCUGCUCUCUAUUAUUGUUACUCGGCUGUGUCUCAAAUUCCAAAGGGUACAAUGAGACUCCUGGCCCUUCUGCCGAUCUUCUUCUUCCUCACCGUCCUCCCUUUGAAACUUUCCUCAUUCCUUCUCGGGUUACCAACUGCCGGCUCCCUUGCCUGGCUCUGCAACUUCAAGCUCCUCCUUUUUGCCUUCGCUAAAGGCCCUCUAGCAGACUCCCCGAACCUCCUCCAUUUCGUUUCAUUCGCAUGCUUACCCAUCAUACCACGAUCACGGCAUGGAACCCGUACUCCAUCCCGGGACGCUCCUAUCGUGCCUAGAAAUGUUCUUCUAGCAAUCAAAGUGGUGCUUCUUGCUUUGACGUUAAAGGCCUACGGAUACAAGGCUUCCAUGCACCCGUACCUUGUCUUAGCUCUCUGUUGCCUCCGUACGUACCUUUUGGUAGAAUUCGUUUUCGCUUUCUUUGCAGCCCUUGCUCAAGCCCUUCUAGGGUCCGAGCUCGAUCAGCAGUUCAAUGAGCCCUGGUUUGCUACGUCGUUGCAAGACUUCUGGGGCCAUAGGUGGAAUCUGGUGGCCGCAAGCCUCCUCCGCUCCACGGUAUACCUUCCUGUACGGAAUCUUCUCGCGCCAGUUACGGGUCACGGGCAUUUGAAUUCACUACCCGCGAUGCUUGCAACAUUCAUAGUCUCGGGCCUAAUGCAUGAGCUGUUCCACUGCUACGCCACGCGGGAUCGUCCCUCGUGGGAGGUGACGUGGUUCUUCGUGCUUCACGGAGUCGGUGUGGUCGUUGAGGUGGCCGCCAAGAAGAGUCCGGCCGGCAGGCGGUGGAGCAUCCACCCGGCUGUUUCGUGGCCAUUGACAAUGGCGUUUGUGGUGAUGACCGCUAUGUGGCUGUUCUUUCCUCAAUUGACAAGGAAUGGCGUGGAUGAGAAGGCCAUGGAGGAAUUCUACGGGCUGCUUAGUUUUGUGAAGGAGAGUUCCAUUGCUCUUAUUACCAACCUAGGGAAGAACAAAUAUAUCUAA